AUGCCGUUUGCUGAAUUUAUACUCAAAAGGCCAUCGAAUAAACUUAUAAUUGUUGUUGCAUCAGCUGCAGGCGGUUGUGCUCUGAUUGCAUGGCUUUUUAGGUAUGUUUGUCAUAAAUUUUUAGGAUUUGGCGCUAAUUUGGGUUGAAUUGAUUUUUUCAGGCGAAAUCAAUCAUGCUCGAGUCGCCGUGAAUCCGUGGCAAGUAUAAUUAGAAGUGAAACUUGUAAGUAAGCUAUAAAAUUUAUCAAUUAGUUGGAACGUUUAGUAAUCUCUAGCGUAUCGGAUGCUCUCUACCGGUUGGAAGUUUUGCUAAAGGAGCUGGAAGCACACAGAUUUGAUGGUGAAUUGGGGAGAGACAAGUAUGACUUUAUGGCAUCGGUUGUUAACAGAGUAAGGGGAGUUCUGACAGAUCUGGAAAAAUUCGAACGGAAUGAGUUCAUUCUUCCGGCCACUGAUGAAAUUGGUGAGUGAUCACGUGUAUUCCAUUAACUUCUUCUUUAGCUCGGACAAUAUGGAACUCCACUGAGCCAUCCGCGAAACCCGGAACGUUGUCUGUCCUAUCCGAUGACUCCUUUUUGUCUGCCAUUGAUGACUUUGUAAGUUGUUAUCCAUAUACUUUUAUGUUAUAUUUUUAGUCGCCUACGGCAAGAGACAAUCCGUCACUGAGUGUCGAUUUUGAAAAUCUCGAAUUUUACAAAGAGGGCCUCGAGGCUGUCGAACGAGGAGAAGUGGUCUACAGAAAGUCCAGGGCAGAAGUGUGCGGGUGUGAAAGCGACGUGGAUUUUGCGGCCAAAUUAUGGUGUCUUAGGCAAGCAUUCGAUCGUAUAUUCGAAAUUCAAAAUACAAAGUUGUGGCUGAUUAAAGUGGGCCGCGCAUUGAUUGCCGACAUUCUGAGGCACUUCAAAAAAGAUCCCAAGGAAUUUUACGUUGCCUUUGACAGAAUGGUCGAGUAUCUUCAAGAUCAUGAAAAUUACGAACAAGUUUGCUUUGAAUUGAAGCAGAGAAGGGUAAGUUUACGGUCUUUUGUUGGGCUAAUCUCUUUGCAGGUUGAAUGUCUAAACAUUUGGGACGUUCUUUUCGACUUUAUUCUCUUGGAUUCCUUUGAUGACCUCAAAAAACCUCCAUCUGGAACAGCUGCUUUGGUGAAGAACUCCUUUCUGAGUCAGUCGAUGCGAGAAUCGACUUUAAAUAAUCUGAUUUGGUCCUUGAUUAAGAUGAAAAGAUCUCGGCUUCAGAAUCAAGACGGAUUCGUUUCUCGGUUCUAUGACAUCUCUCAGAUCGUUUCUCCACCUUUAAUCAUGGGACUCCUUGGAGGAGCAAGCAAAGAAUUUGAAGAUUUAUGCACAGAUUUCAAGGAAAGCAUAUUCAUGUUGUUAACUGAUUUGUUCAACCCACAACAGCUUAGGUUUAACUCUCUGGAAGAGCUGACAGAAGAUGUGAAAAAGGUCAUGAUCAGUCGGUUAGAGACCAUUCAACUUAGGAUUAGUAAUGAACCCAUUCCGGGGUAA